AUGGAUUACUCGGAAGACGAAGCAUUAUUUAUCACACAGAGCUCUAUGAACAAUGAUAUUUCAGCAGAAAUCGAAGGUAAUCGCGUGUAACGUGUAGUCAUUUCUGGCAGUGCUUUAAUUCUUUAUCUACCUCUAAAGGCGGCGUUUCCAUUUUCUUUUUAAAAUAGAGCAAAGAUUUAGAACGCCAAUUACAGCUUCAGGAUGCGAGAAGUUUGACAAAAGCUGGGUAUCAGACGCCAGCCACCGGAAAUGGGCGCGGGUUCUGAAAGUAUUUGAGGAAUGGAAGAAGCAGAGAAAUGAAGCGGUUUUGAAACAAGAUUACAGUGGCGAGCCAGUAGUUGAAGAAGAUAUAGAUGAGAUGUCCGACGAGUUGUUAGCACUAAUUGCACUAAAAAUGUUAUUUCGUAUAAAUAAACUUAUGACUAUAAUACUUCUUAAUACAAUAAACUGCGCUGACCAUACUAUCAGUCUCCGUGAUUCCAUUUAUGUUCACUGUUUGAAAGUUAAUUAA